UCUCUGCCCACCAUGGCCGACAAGGAAGCGGCCUUUGAUGAUGCUGUAGAAGAACGAGUGAUCAACGAAGUGUAUAAAAUAUGGAAAAAAAAUGCUCCUUUUCUCUAUGACUUAGUGAUGACCCAUGCCCUAGAGUGGCCCAGCCUGACUGCACAGUGGCUUCCAGAUGUAACCGACCUGAAGAAAGAUUUCAGCAUUCAUCGACUUGUCCUUGGGCACACCACAUAUGAUGAACAGAAUCAUCUUGUGAUAGCCAGUGUGCAACUUCCCAAUGAUGAUGCUCAGUUUGAUGCCUCUCACUAUGACAGUGAAAAAGGAGAAUUUGGAGGCUUUGGCUCAGUUAGUGGGAAAAUUGAAAUUGAAAUAAAAAUCAACCAUGAAGGUGAAGUGAACAGGGCCCGUUAUAUGCCCCAGAAUCCUUGCAUUAUUGCAACAAAGACUCCAUCCAGUGAUGUCCUUGUUUUCGGGGACUACACCAAGCACCCUUCAAAACCACCCUUCUGGGAGUGUAACCCAGACCUGCGUCUCCGUGGACAUCAGAAGGAGGGUUAUGGGCUGUCAUGGAACCCAAAUCUCAGUGGACACUUGCUAAGUGCAUGUGAUCAUACCAACUGCUUGUGGGACAUCAGUGCAGUUCCAAAGGAAGGUAAAGUGGUGGAUGCAAAGACCAUAUUCACAGGACACACAGCAGUAGUCGAAGAUGUUUCUUGGCACCUGCUCCACGAAUCUCUCUUUGGAUCAGUUGCUGAUGACCAGAAGCUUAUGAUCUGGGACACACGGUCAAAUAAUACUUCCAAACCAAGCCACUCAGUGGAUGCCCACACUGCUGAAGUAAACUGUCUCUUUUUCAAUCCUUAUAGUGAGUUCAUUCUUGCCACAGAAUCGGCUGAUAAGACAGUUGCAUUAUGGGAUCUCAGAAAUCUGAAACUGAAGUUGCAUUCCUUUGAGUCACAUAAGGAUGAAAUAUUCCAGGUUCAGUGGUCUCCUCACAAUGAAACUAUCUUGGCUUCCAGUGGCACUGACCACAGGCUAAAUGUCUGGGACUUGAGUAAAAUUGGAGAGGAGCAGUCCCCUGAGGAUGCUGAAGAUGGGCCACCAGAAUUAUUGUUUAUACAUGGUGGUCACACUGCCAAGAUAUCUGAUUUCUCCUGGAACCCAAAUGAACCUUGGGUUAUUUGUUCUGUAUCAGAAGACAAUAUCAUGCAAGUCUGGCAGAUGGCUGAGAAUAUAUACAAUGAUGAAGACCCUGAAGGAAGUGUGGAUCCAGAGGGACAGGGGUCCCAGACAUGCCUGCACUGGUGCUGAUUUUUAGACUCCCCUUUCUUCCCAACCUGAGAUUAAUUAACACUGGUUUGGAGACAGACUUUUUUUUGUCCAGACAUUCUUCUGUAGGCACCUGUUAACCCAGAGAGUGAAUGAUUUCUGACUAUUA